AUGCACAAAUGGUCUACCUCACGUAACAAACUUUUAAAGCAGCCGGGUAUGCUAAAAUACGUCGAAAUGUUGAUGCAGUGGCUGUCCCGAUUGUUUUGCCGUCAAAACCAUCAAUACCGUCAUUCUUCAACAAAUACAACUAUCGACGCGACACCAAAGAGGGUUGUUCCUCACGCCGAUACUAAAUCGAACGGGGAGUUCUGCAAAAAUACUAGAGAUCCAAAAAUAAAUAUUCAUGAUAUACCUGACAAACUAAACGACGAGGAUUGGACAAGAGGGAUAGUUCAAAACGUUACGGACCAAGGCAUAUCAAAGGUAUUGGGAAAGACGCGAGAGGCUACCGACAAACAAAACAGUCGCCUUUUGAACCUCCCGGAUGAGAUUCUCUUGCUUAUUAUCAAGCACCUCUAUGAGGGGUCCGAUAAGCCCUCACUAUUUGCGUUCUUCGUUCUUAGUCAGGUGUCGCAAAGGUUUAGAGGAUUAAUGAGAGACAGGAUGUUCAUGUCUCAUAUCUUCUCCGAUAGUGGUUGCUGCGAAUGGUGCACUGGGGGAUUUCGUGGGAAAUGGACACGGCUCAAACCGGCGCGCCUCGACCUCCAUUGCUUCGAGACCAAGAUAAGGAAGGCUGGCAUGGACGUCGAGGGACUGGGAGUUCUUAUCAGGUCGGAAAGAAUUUGCAAGACGUGCCGGCCCGAGUUUGAGUCUCGGAGGCGAUUAGGCGUCUCUCUAGAUUGCAAGUUUGCAGCGCGGACUGAUCAAGACUGGAUGUACUGUUCUGCUUGCGAAGUUGAGCAUCCAACCCUCUGUUUCUCAAGGGAAGAGAUCCUAAAGCGAUCAGAUCGGGUAUGCAUUGCCAGGACAGGCUACGUUCGUAUGUGCUCUCAUGAAGUAUUUUCUUGGGACGAGUUGCAAGCAUCUCUUGGCUACGAAUACGGCGUUGCCAACACGUUCAAGAAAGUCUGCAAGCAUUCUAGCCACCUUUUCCAUGAUGAUCAACAGCGACCUUCCGCAACGGCUGAAGGGGACGAAACCCAUUGCGUUCUUUGCCUAUCAUCUGGAUUUCACUCACGGGAAGACUUUAAUGAAACCUAUUUUCAGGGAGAUGGUAAAAACAGCAAAUCUCUGCAUCGAAACCAUAUCCUGCCAGUUGGCAUGGUGCAGAUGGCACAGGAGUUUGAGGGGAAGCGCCCGAGGGUACACGAGGAGAAGAUGGCAGGACAGAGAGCAUCAAUUUCUGUCGAAGAUUGCUUGGAAGACUAUGAGUGUCAUGUAUUUCGCUGUACACGAUACAUGAUACCGAAUGCAUCAGAACACAACCUUCCGGGACACACUUGGUACCAUGCAAUCAGCCCAGAGUCAUAUUCUUAUGCUGGACCUUGUGGUGUGCCGGAGACCUGCUCUGAUCCUUCAUGCCGAAAUCGUUACUCUUCAGGGCUUCGCUAUCGGCAUACUGAUUAUGGGCGUCGCUAUCUAUAUGAUGGUUAUACGGAUUUUGAAAGAUCAAAUCCUUUGUGGAGGAAAAAGAGGAAGGACGAUUCGGUAAUCUAA